CCUCUCUCUCUCUCUCUCUCUCUCUCUCUCUCCUCUCUUCUCUCUCCCACCCUUUAAAAUUUGAAUAGAUGGGGUCCUUCUUCUUCUACCACUGAACCUCCUUAUAUAUAUAAUUUGUAUUCUGAAUUGAAUUUGUUUCUAUUCGCCAUUUCAAUCCAGAUCUCAAUUCCCAAUUUUUUGAAAACCCUAGAAUGAAAAUUGGGGAUCUGCACUCCAUGCUUGCCUUCUCUGUGUUUUCUGUUUGGUUUCAUGGAAAAUGUAGGAUUAGUAAUCACAUUCAGAUCUUGGGUUUCCCUCUUUUCGGUGAUUAAUCGACAAAGUUCAGAUUUUUAUUUUUUAACUCUGAAACGUUGUCAUGGAUGAUGAUGUGUUGAACAUGCCCAAUUGGGGUUAUUAUGAGCCCUUCAAAGGGGGGCAUCUUGGGCUGCAGCUGAUGCCUGGAAUGGCGGAUCGUGACACGAAGCCGUUUUUUCCUGGGCGCGAUCCAGCUAUGUUAGUAGGUGCAAAUGGAGCUUUUCACCCUCGGGAUUGUGUUGUUUCCGAGCCGCCUAUGCCGAUGAACUAUGUUAGAGAUAAUUGGAUAAACCAGAGGGAUAGGAUAUUUAAUAUGCAGCCCCCGAAUCCUAAUUAUGCUGUUCUUCCAGAGACAUCAGGAGCUCCGUCCUUGCCAGUUAUACAGCCACAUGACAUAUCAAGAGAUGAGAAACCGGAUCGAAUUGAAGAAUUGGUUGUUAAAAAGGAAGGUGGCCAGUCGAAGAAAAGGCAAAGCAAGGGUGCUCUGACAACCCCGAAAGCUAAGAAGCCUCGUAAACCAAAGGACAAUAGCAAUGUUGCAGUUCAGCGUGUCAAACCACCAAAGAAGCCUAUGGAGCUCGUCAUCAAUGGGAUUGAUAUGGACAUUUCUGGUCUACCUGUUCCAGUUUGUUCAUGUACCGGGUCUCCUCAACAGUGUUAUCGUUGGGGCUGUGGAGGUUGGCAAUCAGCUUGUUGUACCACAAAUGUUUCUAUAUAUCCUUUGCCGAUGAGCAUAAAAAGGCGUGGUGCAAGGAUAGCUGGGCGGAAAAUGAGCCAAGGUGCUUUUAAAAAGGUUUUGGAGAAACUUGCAGCUGAAGGUUACAAUUUUGCUAACCCAAUUGAUCUAAGAACUCACUGGGCUAGACAUGGCACCAACAAGUUUGUCACUAUCAGGUAGAUUGUUACUGAUGAGACACAUGAAAUUUGGUCUGUCUUACCUUACCUGUAUAUUCACCUGUGUGGUCUUUCACGCAGAUGCUGAGUUAUUUGCUAUCCAAGAAUUUUCUGUUGUGGUACUUUUACUUAAAAUUUGGAUAUUCCAUUUCUUUUGUUCUUUUACCCUCUUCAGCUUAUGUGACAAGGGACCACCCGUGUUGUAUGGCAUUAACAUUUAUGUAGAUGAGUUGUUACUAGAUAGACUAUUUUUGGAUUACACAUUUCAUUUUAAAAUUGUUAAGAUUUUGCAAUGCUUUGAUA